UUGCAGCGUUUCACUGGUCUACUUGCUUGCUGGAAUUAUGUGGUACUCGACAACUGUAUUCCGGAAUGUUCCAGCAUGACUGCUGUGCUCCGGAAUGGAUGCUCCUGGCCAUGCCGUCUGGUCCCGCGGCUUGAUGAGGAGUUAACAUAACUGAAACAGUGGCAGGAUAGAUGAUGCUGGUUUGAAUCGUAAUGGCUAACUGCCAGAACAGCACAACGCUGACAAGCGAUCAUGGUCCACGAUGAAGACGACAUCUUAGAUACCGGCAGUCAAAUCUCAAGUCCCUUCAUCAGCAACCAAAUCAACCCCCAGCUCCCUUUCACACGCAACCCAUCCCAUCAACCAAUCAUCCAAACCACCCGACUCACACAUGGUUUGCAUACCGUACGGAAGUUCAAAACAAGUUUCACACCCGAAGCCCACACCCGAAACCCACACCGAAGCCUUGGAACCGGCCCGGCAUCUCGGAUCGGGCCAUAUCCCCGAAGAACUUAGAGCAAGGAAGAACAAAAACAACCCGUCAACUGUGCGUCCUCAGACCUCUUUUUUAACUCUAUUAGAGUAGUACCUGAGGAUAGGUAGUCUCCUGCCCUGAUCUGGUGUUCUGAUGGUGGCAUUAUGUAUCUUCAAAAUGGGAGCAUACUAGCAAGGGCGAGCCUCGGUCCCGAGGUUGAACCCAGAUACCGUGAACUUGUACUAUGUCUCUUAUGUAACGAUGCGUCAAUGUGGUAUGGAUGGCAUGGUAUGAUGGUGAGCCUAACCCAAGAUGCUGGGUGCGGAAUAUUGGUGGUGGUGGUGAUGGUCGGGGGCCUCGUGAGCGGUGAGCUGUCAUGCAUGGCGAGAGGCAUGUGUGUCUUCCGAGG